GUUAAUAAGAAAGAUGCAAGAUGUAUUAGUACCAGUGGCGUACCGCCAAUAUAGGCAGACCACGCCGUUGCUAUGGGGCCCGUGGCACAGGGGGGCCCGGAGCGCACGGAAGGCCCCGCCCACACUUAGUUAAUUAGGUAAUAUGCGGCGCAGCGGCACUUGUGUGUUCUUCCGAACCCCCUCCCCCCCGUCGGAGCCACUAGCCAAUCACUGACCUGAAGAAGCGAGACUCCGGGCUGCAUUUCACACUGGCCAAUCAGCGCAAAGAGGCUGCUGCUGAUUGGCCAUACAUACAGUCCAGUGAGGCGAUGCGGCGCAUGAUCCUCUGGAGUCCCUGCGCGUUGCUCACAUGUGCUGCCCGCCUGAAGUUAUCAGCACUGUCAGUGCAGUGGCAGACACCCCCCCUCCCUUCCCGGACUAAAGGACCGCUCCUGACCGGACCUGGGGCCGGUUUAUAUGGUUGGUUCAUCAUGUAGUAUGCAGCCAUCAAGGACUCAUAGGGAGCAAGAAGGGGGGAGGGGGGGGUUCUCAUAAAGGACAGUGUGCUUUCCUCCUACUUCCCCAUCCCCUGGGCAUUUUUGGGGGGCUUAUAGAGGACUCAGGGGGGGAGGCUCAUAUAUAUGUACAGAUGGUAAUAGCUGUACAUAUAUAAUCAUAUACAGGAGAUGCCCAGGUUACACAAGAAUGGCCCAUAUCACUAUAUACAAUAAUAUGUAUACGGUAUAACAUCUUGUAUAUAGUGAUAUGGAGCAUUGAGGUAUAACAUGGGGAUCUGCUGUAUAUAAUUAUAUAUGUACAUAUUGUAACGUAUAUGGUAUAAGUUACAGAUCUUUUGGUAUAUUAUAUAGCAGAAGAUGUAUAACUUAUACCAGCUGUACAUAUAUAAUUAUAUACAGGAGAUGCCCAGGUUAUACCAGCAUGCUCCAUAUCACUAUAUACAAGAAGAUGCAAUACCAUAUAAAUCUUCUUGUAUAUAGUGAUAUGGAGCAUGCUGGUAUAACCUGGGUAUCUCCUCCUGUAUAUAAUUAUAUAUGUACAGCUGGUAUAAGUAUUGCCCAGGCCAAUGCACUGCAGCCUUUCCCGCACUGGCUGUUCUAUUGCGCCCCCAUCUGCCUGCAGUUCUUCACCCUGUGUCUCCUCAACCUCUAUUUUUCACAGGGGCGUCUGACUGCUGACUUUUAUCAUCCGGGGAAAUGCUGUUCUGCUUGUGGCCGUCAGGGGGGCGAUGUUGUCGUCUUCCCCCUUCCUGUGAAUCCAGUUUUCAGAAACGUUCUUGUUUUGCAGAAGGAGCUGCAAUCUCACUAAUGCGAAGAGCACCGAAAAAUGAUAGCAAAAAGGGCAGCCCAUAAAUAAUGAAGAUUCGUAGGCAGAGGAGCAUAUAUUCGAUAUGGAGGCUUGAUUGACAUUUGGAUCGGUCCCAGCGGUUGCUGAGGGAGACCGUUGGGACUGGGGUGGACGGAGCGUUACUGGGAUGGCGGUCAGAUAUGAUGUCAGAGCGUACGUCUGGCUCUGCGCUGCUAACAGGAUAGGGAGUGCAGACCGUAUGAAUAGAUUCUAGAUCCGGAUUAUUGUCUGCAGGAUCGUCGCGGAGGCAUCUCCUGAGCCAGGCUUCACCACCAGAGAGCAGUUGAUCCUUUCUCCAAUCAAAAUGGAGAGAGAUCUUCACGAGGACAUCGGACUGUGCCAAGGACAUCUGUUACCAGAUCCAUAACUUGAAGCUGCUGAGCCCCAAGACAGAUUUUUCUGUAACAGGGCCUAUACCUAUCACAUAUCAUUUACAGUACUUGUCUCUUCAUAUGGGGCAGAGGGACCUUUAGUACCUCCACAGGCCCAAAGGCCUGGUGCUAUGGUGGCUUCUACACGACAUAUGAAAAUGAACAUCUCUAAUAACAAUAAAUAAACGUAAGGAACCUUUGUGAACAGACCACACAGGCUGGAGCCUAAUGUGGUAGAAGCAUACUGUAAUUUGUAUGCAGUUUCCCAUUCAGCUCUGAAGCACAAACUGCUGCUCUGAAGAGAAAUGCAUUAGGUAUUCUCCAAGCACAUGGAUAUGGAUGAGUUACUAUUACAGAUGGAUUUUGGGCUGUCACGAUGGAGAGCCGCAGGUUGCAGAUUACUGACUGUUAACCAUCAUGUUAAUGAGAGCUAAACAAAUAGUUGUUCCUAUCGCCUCCCUCCUGCUCUUGGUUGGUUGUAAAACUAAAAGUUUCUCGCACUUUACUGACAUCUCAGAAAUCAUGAGUUGCUGUGGCUGAGGGAGAUGUAGACAGGGAGGACUCAGCUCACAGUCAACACUCUGUGAGGAUGCGCUGAACCAGGGACUGUCCUAUGCUCAUUCACCAAACAUCUCAGCAUGGAGGGGCUCUCCUGGGCAGUAGCGAAACUUGUGACUCUAGCAGUAGCCUUCUUCUCCCCCACACUGGCAGUGGUGGAUACUGAUGACGUACUCACCAGAGAUGAACAGAUAUUCCUGUUGUCACAAGCAAUGCGUCGCUGUCAGACUGAGAUCAUAGCUCACAAGUCCAAACUGAAACAGCAGCCUUCAAAUGGAUCGAUUUGCCCUCCACAGUGGGAUGGGAUAGUAUGCUGGCCACAGGGAUCACUCCACCAGUUAGUAUCUGUUCCAUGUCCAGAAUACAUCUACGAUUUUAAUCACCAAGGAUUUGCUCAUCGGAGAUGUGGACCUUUGAGCAUGUGGCUUCAAGUGCCAGGGGCCAACAGGACCUGGGCCAAUUACAGUGAAUGUGUCACCUUUGUAAGCCCAAGUGAAAGUGUCCAGAAGAAGGAGGUUUUCAAACGGCUGUGGCUCAUUUACACUGUAGGAUACUCCAUUUCUUUGGCAACGCUCCUUAUUGCUCUCUGCAUCCUAUGUUACUUCAAGCGGCUACACUGUACACGAAAUUACAUCCAUAUUCACCUCUUCACAUCCUUCAUUUGCCGAGCUGGAAGCAUAUUUCUUAAAGAUGCUGUACUGUAUUCAAGAGAGGAUGAAGGAAUACCAGGCAAUGAAGCGGGAGAGAUUGCUACUUCAAGAGUAACAGAGUUCCAAUGGGCUGGAUGUAAAGUGGUGGUCACCUUGUUCCUUUAUUUCCUGGCCACUAAUCACUACUGGAUUCUGGUAGAAGGCCUUUAUCUGCACAGUCUCAUCUUCAUGGCAUAUCUGUCUGAUCGUAGCUACUUCUGGGCACUGACCAUCAUUGGUUGGGGACUUCCAGCAGUGUUUGUAUCUGUGUGGGCAAGUGUACGGGUUUCUCUAGCAGAUACACAGUGCUGGGACCUCAGUGCUGGCCAUAUGAAGUGGAUAUACCAGACACCAAUUCUGGCAGCCACACUGGUCAAUUUCAUCUUGUUUCUGAACAUCGUGAGAGUUCUGGCCUCUAAACUGUGGGAAACCAACACAGGAAAACUAGACCCCCGACAGCAAUAUGGGAAGCUCCUUAAGUCAACGUUAGUCCUGAUGCCCCUGUUUGGCGUGCAUUAUGUUGUCUUCAUGGCAAUUCCAUACACAGAGAUGACUGGGCUGCUGUGGCAAAUACAAAUGCAUUAUGAGAUGUUUUUCAACUCCUCUCAGGGAUUCUUUGUGGCGAUCAUUUACUGUUUCUGCAAUGGGGAGGUACAAGCAGAAGUGCGGAAGUUCUGGCUUCGACGGAGCUUAUCUCAUGAUCUGAAACAGAAAUCUCGUAUGACCAGUACCGGUGGUAGCUGUCACUAUGGAGGGGUUUUGUCCCAUACCACAAACAGCAUCUGUUUAAGUAUGGUAGCCAGGAGCAAGCAUGUGACAGCACCAGUGCAGUCUACUUCCUACCUCCCAGGAUACUUCUCAAGUAUCUCACCCUCAGAUAGCAACGUACUGCAAGGGGGAACUGAACAGACUUGUGGACUCUCAUCAAUACACACCCAAUAAUCUCAUUGUGGCUAUAACAAGUAAAAUACAUCUUUUCUUUAGCACUUAUAGUUUCAUCUCAAAGCUGAUCUUGUAGGAAGCAAGGAGAACUUAUCAAUCCUAUUAUGCUGGAUGAGGCUUCUGGCAUACCUCAAAUUCCAUCUUUAAGGUCUGCAUUUUAAUUUAAUAAUUCA